AUGGCAAGUGCUCUGGAAACUCUAAGUGGACAAGCAUUUGGUGCUGAACAAUAUAAAAGAAUUGGAACUCAAACUUACACCUCCAUUUUUUCCCUGAUUAUUGUUUGCAUUCCUCUCUCUGUCCUGUGGAUAUUCUUGGGAAAGGUACUCGUUUAUGUAGGCCAAGAUCCUCAGAUUUCGCACGAAGCUGGAAAAUUCACAAUGUGGCUUGUUCCGGCACUUUUUGGCUAUGCAACGCUUCAACCGCUCAUUCGGUAUUUUCAAAUGCAAAGUAUGAUCCUUCCCAUGCUCAUAAGCUCAUGCAUCACUAUCUGUUUCCACAUAGCUGUCUGUUGGGUGCUAGUAUUUAAGUCGGGAUUAAGGAAUAUUGGAGCUGCAGUAGCCAUGGACCUUUCGAUGUGGUUAAAUGUUACCAUACUUGGUUUUUACAUGAAGUUCUCUUCGACCUGUGAGAAAACUCGUGCCCCCCUUUCAAUGGAUAUAUUCAAAGGAAUGAAAGAGUUUUUCCGCUUUGCCGUUCCUUCUGCUGUAAUGAUCUGUCUUGAAUGGUGGUCAUUUGAGCUACUUAUCUUGCUAUCAGGGCUUUUACCUAAUCCGCAGCUUGAAACCUCGGUGCUCUCCGUUUGCCUAAACACCAUUAUUACACUAUAUGCAAUACCAUACGGAUUAGCUGCUGCUGCAAGCACAAGAAUAUCGAACGAGUUAGGGGCUGGAAAUCCACAAGGAGCUCGUGUAUCCGUUAUUUCUCUGAUGCUUAUUGCGGCUGUAGAAGGAUUAACAGUGAGCACAAUCCUCUUUAUUAGCCGGCACGUUUUUGGCUACAUUUUCAGCAAUGAGAAGGAAGUUGUGGACUAUGUCACAAAUAUGGCUCCGCUUGUUUGUUUAUCUGUUAUAAUGGACUGCAUUCAAGGAACCCUUUCAGGUGUUGCCAGAGGUUGCGGCUGGCAGCAUAUUGGAGCGUAUAUCAACCUUGCUGCAUUUUACCUU